GGGAGAGAGAACGCCAUGGACGACUCAGGCGUGAUUCUCUGUCAAAUCUCUUCGCUUAAGGACAUGCUCGAUCAAGUAAAUGAAGAAAUUGAGGCCAAUAUUCAAGUAACGCGAGAGAUCGAGUCGGAGAUCGUGAAAUGUACGGAAUAUGAAUACACCUUGGCUGCCAGAGAAUCGGAGCUCACUAAGACGAUUUACGUCUCUCAAUUUGAGAUAAUCGGAUUGGUCUCCGUCACAAACGAAUCAAGAAAAUCUGCCAAAUUAUUGGAGGCGGAACUGUCUAGUCUAAGAAAAAAGCGAGAGGAGACGCUUAAAAGAAUGAACAAUAAGCGGGAACAGUUUGCCAUGCAAUGCCUAGAGUUUCAGAGGGAAAUUGACAAAGGAGAAAAUGAUGAACUCAUGAAACUGUUAUCAGAGAAAGAGUUUUUUGAAAAUGAAAUCCGUCUCUUGGAUCAGAAAAAUGAUGUUUUAAAGAAUUCAAUGUUGGCAUUUGUGGAAGAAGUUCUUCAGGAUCUUCAGGAUUCAAAUUCUGCUUUACAUGUUGAGAUACAGAAUAUGAACCUUGAGAAUGAGAAAUUGCUUAGGGAUAUUGAUGAGUUGAAGACGAUGUUGCUUUCAAAUUUCAACUACCAUCAUUCAUAACUAAUAAUGUGUUCCAGCCUUGCACGUCAAGUGCAGAAUUCCAUGAACUUGUGCAAGUAGAACGGCUUGGAAUUUAAUUACUGGAAGCAAGCAAAGUCAUCAUCAUUACUUGUAAUACCUACUGUAUAUGCUUCAACUGUUUACACAUUUCCUGAGGAAAAUUGGUUAAAGCGUAUCUUUACAAGCAAUAAUAUUGUAAACUUUGGCAGAGAGCUUAGCACUGUUGUGGUACCAUGCUUCAUUAAAGUUCGACUAGUUCUGUUUAAAUUUUGAAAACCUCAGGGAAGAGGACUAUCAAGCUUACAAAACUUUUGCAGUGAUACAGUAUUUGUAGGCAGUUGCCAUUAGGGUAUUGAGUCACGUGUGUAGGAAGAGACUGGUCAAAAUUUUGACUUCUAUGCACUUGUAGAUCCUUAUUCAAAUUACUUUUUCUAUUGU